AUUGACCCCAAAGAUUACACUUUUUCCGGACUUAAAGACGAAACUGUGGGUCGACUGCCUGGAAAAGUAGCAGGGCAACAAUUUGUCAUUCAGGACUGUGAGAACUGUAGUAUCUACAUAUUUGACCAUUCUGCUACAAUCACUAUUGAUGACUGUGUAAACUGCCAAAUCUUUUUAGGACCAGUAAAAGGCAGUGUGUUUUUCCGUGGCUGCAAAGAUUGUAAAUGCGUGGUGGCCUGCCAGCAGUUUCGCACUCGGGACUGCAGAAGGCUGGAAGUAUUCUUGUGCUGUGCCACCCAGCCCGUUAUCGAGGCCUCCACAGGUAUGAAAUUCGGAUGUUUCCAGUACUACUAUCCUGAGCUUGCUUUCCAGUUUAAAGAUGCUGGACUGAGUAUCUUCAAUAACACGUGGAGCAGCAUCCAUGACUUCACCCCUGUGUCAGGAGAAAACAACUGGGGCCUUUUGCCUGAAAACGCUGUAGUUGAAGAUUAUGUUCCUCUGCCCAGCUCUGAGGAGCUGAAAGCCGUCAGAAUUUCUACCGAUGCGAUGAGGAGCAUAAUACCAGUAACUCGAGGGCGGAGACAGAAAAGCAGCGAUGAGUCGUGUUUGGCCAUGUUUUUUGCUGGUGACUACACAACUGCAAAUGCCAGGAAGUUAAUUGAUGAGAUGACUGGCAAAGGCUUUCAGCUGGUACAGACUAAAGAAGUCUCAAUGAAGGCAGAGGAUGCUCACAGAGUUUUCCAGCAGUGUGCAUCAGAAUUCAUUCCACUGCUUGAAAAAGGUCCAGUGGUUGCUUUGGAGUUCAAUGGAGAUGGUGCUGUGGAAGGAUGUCAAAGUACUAUAAAUGAUGUUUUUAGCGGGACCAAGGUUUUUGUAUCAGAGAGCAAGGCAUCAGCGUCUCAAGAUGUAGACAAUUUCUACAACUUUGCUGAUAUGCAGAUGGGAAUGUGAAGUUUAACAUGAAGGUGUUCAUGUACAGUUUGUCUCGGCACUCGGACGUCACUUGGCUUGAGUAUGUCUGUAGUAUCUGAGAAGUUUUGUCAUUUGGUUUUGUAUUUCUCAUAUAUCCCUUUUAUAAAG